UCGCUAAUUUUGUUGUUUCUGCAAGUGUUAAUUAUAGAAAAGAGUGCAUCAAAAGUUGCACGGACGCAGGGUCCCCUAAGUUGAUGCCCCGAGCAGCGAGUAAACAAACGCUGCCAAUGCGCGACAUGGCCGACCUGGACGCAGUGAAUCUUGGCCUGGACGAAAACGAGGCGGACAUUGCCGAGGAACUGCAGGACUUUGAGUUCAACACACGCAGCGAGGCCUCCGAAUCGAAUGGCGGGGAGUCCUCCGACGACUCGGAGCCUAGCAUCAGUUCGGUGAGCACGGCCACCUCCUCGCUGGUGGGCAGCGGCAAGCGCAAAACCAAGACCAAGGUCAAGGAAGCAGCACCCCCGUUGGCCGACAAGAAGGAGAGGCCGCAGCAGCAGCCCACCUCAAAGAAGACCAAGCGUGAGGCCACUCCCGAGGACCUGAAUGGGAGCAAAAAGAAAAAGCACACGGGUAGCGAGUCAAAGAAGCCGUCGUUGAGUCAGUCGUCCAGUGAGCAGCCGGCGGAUAAGUCCAAGGCCAAGUCCCCGCCCACCGAGGAGCGGGAGGCGCAGACGAAGAAGUCGUCGCGCAGCAAGAAGACCCCGAAUCCCAACGAUUCGGGCAACAAGAGCGAGGCAAGCGAUGCGGAGGACGAGAAGCCUGCCGUGCCGGCCCUCGAGUCGGACAGCGAGUCCUCCGACUCGGAUUCGGGCACACAGCACAAGCGGAACGGCGGCGGUGGGGCGCGUGGCAAAACCAACACAACGGCCAGCAGCUCAAAGAGCUCCACGCCCGAGAAGGACGGCGGUAGCUCGCAGACGCAGAAGGGCUACGACUACAUGACGAAGCUCAACUAUUUGUUCCGGGACACGCGCUUCUUUCUGAUCAAGUCCAACAACAUUGACAACGUGCAGCUUUCGAAGGGCAAGAGCGUCUGGGCCACACUGCCACAGAACGAUGCCAAUCUGAAUCAGGCCUUCAAGGAGGCCCGCAACGUCCUGCUCAUCUUCUCCGUCAACGAGAGCGGUAAAUUUGCAGGAUUCGCCAGGAUGGCGGCGCCCUCCAGACGCGAUAUUCCCCAGGUGGCCUGGGUGCUGCCACCCAGCAUCUCCCCGAAGGCGCUCGGUGGCGUCAUUGAGCUGGACUGGAUCUGCCGCAAGGAGCUGUCCUUCAAUGCCACACUGCACUUGCACAACACAUGGAACGAGGGUAAGCCCGUGAAGAUUGGACGCGAUGGCCAGGAGAUCGAGCCCAAGAUCGGCGGGGAGCUGUGCCGCCUCUUCCCCGAGGAUGAACAGAUUGAAUUGACGCCGAUUCUGAAAAAAUCAAAGGAAACCGCCCGAGUGAUGAGGGAAAAGGGCAUGCACGUGAUCUACAAGCCUCCCAGGAGUCUUUCCUCCCGCGGCCACGGCCAUGGUAAUGGCGGUGGCGGCGGUGGUGGGAGGGGGGGAUCGGGCCACAAUCACCUCGGACCCAUGCGCCACAAGAGGAGCUACCAUGGACAACAGCAUCAGCAUCGGCCGUACCACCGACAUCCCCAUCACGGCAUGGGGGGCAUGCCACAAGGCGGCGGAGGCGGCUUCAAGCGCGGAGGAUCUCCCUACCGGCAAAUGGGAGGCGCCGGUGGCGGGGGAGCUCCAGGCGGACCCCCAGAGAUGUCGAUGCCAUCGUGGGAGCGUUACAUGUCGUCGGCCGCCGCUGCCGAGGCGUACGUUGCGGACUACAUGCGGAACAUGCACGGCCAGCUGCCGCCGCUGCCCUUCGUGCCCCCCUUCGCCCAGAUGCCACUGCCCGGGACAGCGGGAGCAGCCGGCGCCAUGCCCCCGGGGGCGACGGCCGCGAUGUACGAGCAGCUGCCACCGCCGGUGCGAUAUUACGAUGGCCCUGGAGCACCACCACUGCCAGAUUACCCGCCCCCGCAGCGACCACCGCCGCCAGGAUUCGACAAAGCGCCCAGCUACGAGGAGUUUGCCGCCUGGAAGAACGCCGGCUUGGCCACGGUGCCGCCGCCCGGGUUCCCCGUCUAUGGCGGCAGUGCUGCCAACGGCGGGAGCAAUGGGGUGGCGGGAGGUCCACCGGCCCCGGGCAUGGGCGGAGCGGGAGUGGGUGGAGCUGCCGGCGGCGUGGGAGGAGGACCGGGAUAUCGCAAUCGAGACAACAAUGGUGCCGCGGGUGGCGGUCGUCGUCGGGAGUACGGGAAUCGCAGUGGGUCCUCGCGGGACUCGCGUUCGUUUCGGGGCGACCGUGGCGGCGGUGGCGGUGGCGGUGGCCAGCGAAGCUAUCGGGACAACAGGCGCUAGAUUAUCGACCAAUCUUAUCGGUAUCGGAAAAAGUGAAAGAAUUGUGUGCUCGCGUGUGUGAAAUGAGAAAAUUGAGAAUUCGUAACGGGUAUAAGAUUGUAGGGCGAUGCGAUCGUUUAAAAGAUAUACAUGAAAAUGAAAAUGAUAAUUCCUAGAGCCAGCUAUAUAAUCGAACAUAUAGCUGUAGCUAUCGACAGCUACCGAGCGAGAGGC